AUGUCAACAUCCAACGCACACGUAUCGGUUGACGGAAAAUGCCGUACAGAUGAUGCUCCUGGGGACCUAGCGCCAUCCCACUAUUCCGACACCCUGGCGCCGGUGUUUGCCCCUAAGAAGGGGUGGGUGACCGGAAUCCCCGCAGGGAAAUCGUGGCGUCUUUGUUCGUACCACAUGGAAAGGAAAAAGUCGCAAAUAGAAGAGAGGAUAAACGCUUUCAGGCAAGCGGCUUAUGGCUUGCCUGGGACGUGGAGUGGCCGUAGGCAAGAGGCACAACAGACGGCGAAGAUUCGACCGCGCCAAUAUCGGGCCAUUCAGCAGCGCAGAAGAACAACUCGUCGAAGGACAGGCCAUGUCCCAUUACCACCACCGCAAAGCAGCCAUGGCCAUACGCCAGGCCUGAUCAUAGAUUACCCACCAUCGCCCCUAUAUAUAUCACCAGCAUUGUCACGGUCAUCAAGCCCUUCAUCAGGUGCCUGCGAGGAGUGCCCCGAGGAACACCCGGAGGACAGUCCCAUCUCACAGCGAGAGGAACUCGAGUGGGGGUUUUGGCAACAAAUACGCCGGCAGGCUUAUACUGGACGUACCAUGUUCGGCCAGACAGCAGGCAGUGGCACCCAGAUGGGAGGGCAAGAGUUACAGCGGUCGCCAUCACCAUCCAGAUCCCAAUCCCCACCACUAACAAUCCGUCAUCUCGCUAUACGCACCCGUCGCUGAAGGGACAACACCCCUGUUCGCAUGAUUAGGAGGAGAUCCGCUGGAUAGCAGUUGGGAGUGAGUUGGACAGUACACAAACCCAUGAUAGAAUGAUUAGCACAUGCCACCAAAGUAAUAAUUACGAUAUUCCUGCAC